UCCAUCACACAUCCGGGUCCUCAGUGUCAUAUGACCAGUGCUGUCAUUUAAGUCAUUCAGCUGCAGCUGAAAAAGCACAUCGACCAACGUUAGCUUUCUGAGGUUUCCUGUUCUUUAUCCAACGAUGGCAACAUUGGUGGCAAACAGAGCGAUGGACAUCAACGGCUUGUCAGCAGCUGCAAGGACACACACCCAGGCUGUGACGAGAAAUUACAUCUCCCAACCUCGGCUAACCUACUCCACUGUGUCUGGUGUGAACGGACCGCUGGUGAUCCUGGAUAAUGUGAAGUUCCCCAGGUACGCUGAGAUCGUUCACCUGACCCUGCCGGACGGCACCAAGAGGAGCGGGCAGGUUCUGGAGGUGAUCGGGAGCAAGGCCGUGGUCCAGGUGUUUGAGGGAACAUCAGGUAUCGAUGCCAAGAAGACGGCCUGUGAGUUCACUGGUGACAUCCUGCGCACCCCCGUGUCAGAGGACAUGCUCGGGCGUGUGUUCAACGGCUCAGGCAAACCCAUCGACCGCGGGCCCACCGUCCUGGCUGAGGACUACCUGGACAUCAUGGGUCAGCCCAUCAACCCUCAGUGCCGUAUCUACCCCGAGGAGAUGAUCCAGACGGGCAUCUCGGCCAUCGAUGGCAUGAACAGCAUCGCCCGAGGACAGAAGAUCCCCAUCUUCUCUGCUGCUGGGCUGCCCCACAACGAGAUCGCUGCUCAGAUCUGUCGUCAGGCCGGCCUGGUGCAGAAGUCCAAGGAUGUGAUGGACUACAGUUCUGACAACUUUGCAAUUGUCUUUGCAGCCAUGGGGGUCAACAUGGAAACUGCCCGCUUCUUCAAGUCUGAUUUUGAGGAGAAUGGCUCCAUGGACAACGUCUGCCUUUUCCUCAACCUGGCCAACGACCCCACCAUCGAGCGUAUCAUCACCCCUCGUCUGGCGCUCACCUCAGCAGAGUACCUGGCCUAUCAGUGUGAGAAGCACGUGCUGGUCAUCCUCACCGACAUGAGCUCCUACGCUGAGGCUCUCAGAGAGGUUUCUGCUGCCCGAGAGGAAGUGCCCGGCCGUAGAGGUUUCCCCGGCUACAUGUACACUGAUCUGGCUACCAUCUACGAGCGUGCCGGCCGGGUGGAGGGCAGAAACGGCUCCAUCACACAGAUCCCUAUUCUGACCAUGCCCAAUGACGAUAUCACCCAUCCUAUUCCUGAUCUGACUGGAUACAUCACAGAGGGGCAGGUGUACGUUGACAGGCAGCUGCACAACAGACAGAUCUACCCACCCAUUAAUGUGUUGCCCUCACUGUCCCGUCUGAUGAAGUCAGCCAUCGGGGAGGGGAUGACCAGGAAGGACCACGCUGACGUUUCAAACCAGCUGUAUGCCUGUUAUGCCAUUGGUAAGGACGUCCAGGCCAUGAAGGCUGUGGUGGGAGAAGAAGCCCUCACCUCGGAUGAUCUGCUCUACCUGGAGUUCCUGCAGAAGUUUGAGAAGAACUUCAUUGCUCAGGGCCCGUACGACAACAGGACCGUGUAUGAAACCCUGGACAUCGGCUGGCAGCUGCUUCGAAUCUUCCCCAAGGAGAUGCUCAAGAGGAUUCCUCAGAGCACCCUGGCUGAGUUUUACCCCAGGGAGUCUGCGGCCCGUCACUGAGGCACAGCGGAGGGUUCCCUGCUCCCCCCUCCAUAUCCUCCUCUCCCUCUGUUCAUUUCUUUCUUCUCACCCUACAGCCCUCACUUCCUCUUCUCCACUGUUCUUAUCACCUCCAGUUUAUCUUCUUCUUAAUCAACUCACCCCCACUUCCCUACCCUGAGGGUACCCGGGGUAAUAAUACCCCCUUUCUGUAGAUGUUCUGUAAUGUAAGGUUGUGUAUGGAGUGUCUGUGGUUGUAAUGUCUACCCCAUUGAUUGCAAAAAUAUGAACAUAUCCUUAAAAUCAUAAAUGAGUUCUUAUUUAUUGGGGUGUGGUACUGCUGCACCCUCUUCUUUUCUUCUUUAAAUACAUGCAAUGUAAUAUCGUUCUGCCACUUAAAGCAAGAGGUUUCCUACUGAGGAAAGAUGUCUGAGCGGUCCGUAUCAGUAGGUGAAGCUCAUACAGUUCUAAUUUCAUUGAGACUGCCAGAGAUGGUGAUUCAAGCCUGCAAGCAUCACAACAUAUAACUAUAAAUGGCAUCAUAUUAGUAUUUACCUGAGGGUGGAUAUAUAGUGGACUACUUAUUUUCACCACGCCCUGUCAGUGGCAUCAAAUUGGCAUAAACUCAGAUUUUGAAUAAGUUGAGCGUCCAUAGUGACCAGACAAACCUAGAGUUGAGAUGUUUACUGUGUGUUGCCCCAACCCUUUCUUCCCUCUUGCUCCCUCUAGCUACUCUGGAAGGAAUACAGUGGAUGUUACUAAAGAAAUUCUGUGUUUUGUUGUUUUGAUUUGUGUUACAAAUAUGAGUGUAUGAAAAGUAUAUUAAACAUUCCCAUCUGUCUGAAAAACGAAUGCUUUGUUGUGCAAAAAUAAUGGUUUUGUGAGGUAACGUGUCCAAGAAUAAAUUAAAUUAUGAGUA